ACACCCCCGCCCCUCCAUGGGUGGGGCAGCACACAGGCAUGGACCCCGUAUCAUGGGGGAGGCGGAGGGCGCGUCCCCGGGGUCCUCUCCCCCUCCCCUCCCCGCCGCGCCAGCGGGGCCAGCCAGGGAGCAGCCGCGGCGGACUGAGACCCGCGUGGUCACGUGAUGGGCGCCUUGCGCAGGGAGGGAGGGAGGGAGGCCGGCCAUCUUGAGAGCGGGCCCGGCGGCGUCCGCGCGGCUGCCUGCCAGCCUCCAAGAUGGCGGAGGCGUCGCUCCCGACGGGCUCGUCCCCCCCGCGGCCUCCUCCCUCUCCGGCCCGGCGGCAGUAGCGCGCCUCCCCCACCCCCGUCUCUCCUCCCUCCGCAGACCAUCAUGACCGGGGCCUCCUGGCUCCUGCUCGGGCUCCUCCGGCGGAGCUGCGGGGGCCGCCGCCCCGCCCCGCGCUGGGCGCCCAGCAGGCCUCCCUCCGCGGCCGGCCUCCGGGCCCUGCGCGGCGCCGCACCGCAGCAGAGCCUUCUGUCACAAAUGCUGUGCCUCACAUCUGCAGGACUUGCUCAGCCUAUAGUGAAAAGGCACUUUGUCCCACUCUGGAAGCUUCUGGGUGGCACUUGCUAUUUUUCUGCUUCUGGCUCUCGUCACAAUGGCAGCAGCGAUGGAGGGUCCAAAGGGAAAUCCCCAGAGGAAGAUGAGGAGGAGAAGCGACGCCGGGAGAGGGAGGACCAGAUGUACCGGGAGCGCCUGAGGACCCUCUUCCUCAUCGCCGUCAUCAUGAGCCUGCUGAACUCCUUGAGCACCAGUGGGGGCAACAUCUCCUGGAACGACUUUGUGAACGAGAUGCUGGCCAAAGGAGAGGUGCAGCGCAUCCAGGUGGUGCCGGAGAGCGACAUUGUGGAAAUCUACUUGCAUACUGGGGCGGUGGUCUUUGGGCGGCCGAGGCUCGCCCUGAUGUACAGGAUGCAGGUGGCCAACAUUGACAAGUUUGAGGAGAAGCUGCGAGCUGCCGAGGAAGAGCUGAACAUUGCCGGCAAGGACCGGAUUCCCGUCUCCUACAAGCGCACCGGCUUCUUUGGAAACGCCCUCUACGCCUUGGGGAUGGCCGCGGUGGGCGUCGGCAUCCUGUGGUACAUCUUCCGCCUGGCCGGAAUGGCAGGAAGGGAAGGCGGGUUCAGUGCCUUCAACCAACUGAAAAUGGCUCGCUUCACCGUUGUGGACGGCAAAUCCGGGAAAGGGAUCAGCUUCAAGGACGUCGCAGGGAUGCACGAGGCCAAAAUGGAGGUCAGGGAGUUUGUGGACUAUUUGAAGAGCCCAGAGCGCUACCUCCAGCUUGGCGCCAAAGUGCCCAAAGGUGCCCUCUUGCUCGGACCCCCAGGCUGCGGCAAGACACUCCUGGCAAAAGCAGUCGCUACGGAGGCACAAGUGCCUUUCCUGGCCAUGGCCGGCUCCGAAUUCGUCGAGGUGAUAGGAGGUCUCGGGGCGGCCCGUGUGCGGAGCCUCUUCAAAGAAGCCCGUGCCCGAGCUCCGUGCAUUGUCUACAUCGACGAAAUCGACGCGGUGGGGAAGAAGCGCUCCACCAACGUCUCUGGCUUCUCCAACACAGAAGAAGAGCAGACCUUAAACCAGCUGCUCGUGGAGAUGGACGGCAUGGGGACCACCGACCAUGUGAUCGUGCUGGCAUCCACCAACCGAGCAGACAUCUUGGAUAACGCGCUCAUGAGGCCCGGGAGGCUGGACCGCCACAUCUUUAUCGAUCUGCCCACUCUGCAGGAGAGGCGAGAGAUCUAUGAACAGCACUUGAAGGGCCUGAAGCUGCCCCAGGCUGGCAGCUUUUAUUCCCAGCGCUUGGCUGAACUCACGCCAGGGUUCAGUGGAGCCGACAUCGCCAACAUCUGCAAUGAGGCCGCCCUCCAUGCCGCAAGGGAGGGGCACAAGGUCAUCGAUACCUCCAACUUCGAGUAUGCUGUCGAGAGAGUGAUUGCAGGUGAGGCCUCUUCCCGGCUGGGCUGCGAGGCCUGGGCGCGGAGGGCCAGAGAGGCGGCUUCCUCAGCCUCUGGGGCCCCAGUCAUGGCGGCAGAUCCCAGCAGGGCUGGGGCUCUCAGCGGUGGGCCCCCCCCCCAGGUGUUGCCCUCCGGCACCCAUCCCCCCCAGCCCCAAGGGCCUUUGGCCCACCACAUCGGGGGACUCCAGGCAGGGAACGCCAGCCAGGUGGGGCAGUGUGGGGGUCGUGGGGGAGGGCUGAGGGGGCUGCCACAGGCAACGCCCCCCCCCACUCUUCCUCUCUUCCUCCUUUGGCUGCAGGUCUCCAUCGCCCCUCGCACCAACGCUGCCCUGGGCUUUGCCCAGAUCCUGCCAAGGGAGCAGUUCCUCUUCACCAAGGACCAGCUCUUUGAGCGGAUGUGCAUGGCCCUGGGAGGAAGGGUGUCGGAAGCCAUCACCUUCAACAAAGUCACGACUGGGGCCCAGGAUGACCUGAGGAGAGUCACCAAGAUCGCCUACUCCAUGGUGAAGCAAUACGGGAUGCUGCCCAACGUGGGACACCUUUCCUUCCCGGACCAGGAAAGCACCCCCGGGAUUGGGAGGCGUCCCUUCAGCCACGGACUCCAGCAACUGAUGGACCACGAAGCAAAGUUGCUGGUGGCUCAAGCCUACAGGCGGACAGAGAAGCUGCUGCUGGACAAUCAGGACAAGCUGAGAGCGCUGGCUAAUGCCCUCCUGGAGAAGGAAGUCAUCAACUAUGACGACAUCGAAGCCCUGCUCGGGCCACCUCCCCACGGGCCCAAGAAGAUGAUUGCCCCUCAGAGCUGGAUCGAAGCCGAGAGAGACAAGAAGGAUGUGGGAGACGAAGAGCCCCCCCAGACCCGCCCACGCCCAGAGGAGGAGGAGGAGGAAGAGCCCAACCUGAGACUGCUGUGAAGCCAGUGUGGAGUGGAAGACAGGACUGGAGGCACACGGAGAGGUUCUCCUAGCCUGUGGCUGGCCGCUCUGCUAGGGUUCUGGGGUGGGCGUUGGCCAGAGCAAGCAGGCUCUGGGGGUGAUCUGCCCGGAGCGGCUUCUUGUGGGGCCUUAGGCAAUGACCCUUCUCCAGGCUCCUGGGGGUGGUUGUCCUCAGCAAGGCCAGCCCUUCUGCAGCAGUCUCCCCUUUCAUGAUCCCCCAUGUGCGGGGCUUGGUGGAACGACUGAGGUACUCCUAGUUUUACUUGGCCCAGGCAGGCAGCGUGGAGCCCUCCUUGUGCCCAAGAGGCCACCGGGAAGCCGGAGCUGUGUGGCUUCCCAAGGUGUCUGCAUUUUGGGUACCAGGGUUUCCCCCCAAAGUUGGAUAGAUGGCAUAUGUCUGUCUGAGGUGUGGCAGGCCUAUCUUUGUGCAAGCUGAUAAAUAAAUUUAUUUUAAGUUU